AUGCGUCUUGCCCCGCAGCCAAGCGCGCAACCCCUGCGGCUUCUAGUUCUGCUCCUCCUCACGACAGCGGUCCUCUCAUCCCCGGUAAUCUCCACUGGCUGCCCGGACAGGUGCGUGUGUGAUGACCAGCUUGUGGUCCAGUGCGCUGGGCAGCACCUGACCGCCUUCCCGGUCAACCUUCCGCUGGCCACGCGGCAGCUCAUCAUCUCCAACAACCGUAUCGCGGAGCUGCCGCCUCUCGCGCUCAACUACCUCUCCGACCUGGUGUACCUGGACUGCAGCAACAACUCUCUGACGGAGAUCUCAGAGUCCACUUUUGGGAAUCUACGCAAGCUGGCCUACUUGGACCUCUCCUUCAACACUCUGACCCGGAUCGAGGACAGGACGUUCGGCCCCUUGGCGAGCUUGGUGAUGCUGAGGAUGACGGACAACCCGGGGCUCUCCGAAAUUCACCCGGACGCUUUUGGGGAGAACGCGGCCCUUCAGGUACUCGAUGUGAGCCGAAACAACCUGACGGUCUUCAACAUCACCUCCCUGAUCGCGCUGCCCGCCCUGCGCUCAGUGGGGCUCAGCGGGAACCCGUGGAGCUGCGAAUGCGACAACGAGGACCUGUGCUUGUGGGUCCAUCUGGAGGGCUUCAAGUUCCAAGAUGAGGGCCAGACGGUGUGUGGUUCACCUGCUGAUACUCAGGGCCGUCGACUGGGGGAGGUGGGCAUCCAGCUACGGACGUUAUGUCAUCAGACACUCGGCUCCUGGGACUACCUUUUCUUUGUCGUCAUCGGCUUUGUCAUCUUUGCUGCUGGCACCGUGUCGGCCUGGGUGAUGGGUGUCAUCAUGGUGCUCUAUGAGCGCUACAUCAAGAAGAAAGACGAGCAGCUCGAGAUGGACGACGAGGAAGAAAGCAUUGAGACAGGCCGUGCUGCGAGCACCAGGAGUGGCCAUGACAAUGGGAAUUUAAAAACCUCACAUACUGUUUAA